AUGGGAGACAAGAAAAAUGAUGAGUCCACAUCAAGUGUCAAUAAUACGUCAUCAUUGGAAUCUUCACUUAUGACAAGAGUUGUGUCAAAUGCGAAAUUUGCAGUUGAAAUUUUUGACGGGUCAGGACAUUUUGGAAUGUGGCAAGGCGAGGUCCUUGAUGUUCUUUUUCAACAAGGGCUAGAUAUUGCCAUUGAAGAAAAGAAACCAGACGGUGUAGGAGAAGAAGAUUGGAAGAUUAUCAACCGUGUUGCUUACGGUACCAUUCGAUCUUACCUUGGAAGAGAACAAAAGUAUCCAUACACGAAGGAAACAUCUGCAAACAAAUUAUGGAAUUCAUUGGAGGAGAAAUUCUUGAAGAAAAACAGUCAAAAUAAACUUUACAUGAAAAGAAGACUGUUACGCUUCACUUAUGUUCCCGGUAGCACAAUGAAUGAUCAUAUCACCAGCUUUAAUAAGUUUGCGACAGAUUUGUGA